CGUCCGCUUUUUUAGCUGAGCGGACACCUGGGCGCGGGUCGCUGCCCCGCCCGCCGCGCCUGCCCGCGUCCUGCUCGGCUUCCGUCCGCCGCCAGCAUGAUGUGCGGGGCGCCCACCGCCUCGCAGCCCGCCACGGCCGAGACCCAGGCCAUCGCCGACCAGGUGAAGGCCCAGCUGGAAGAGCGGGAAAACAAGAAGUUCGCUACCUUUAAGGCCGUGGAGUUCAGGAGCCAAGUGGUCGCUGGAAGGAACUACUUCAUCAAGGUUCAAGUUGACGAUAAUGAGUUUGUGCACCUUCGAGUAUUUCAAAGUCUCCCGCAUGAAAACAAGCCCUUGGCCUUGUCCAGCUAUCAGACCAACAAGGCCAAGCAUGACGAGCUGGCGUAUUUCUAGCUCCCACGCUGAGUGGGGCCCGUCCAUGUGUUUCUGUCCACUGUGAACACAUCUGGGAUCAAAAGCGAGUGUCGUUUCUCCAUGGGGCCACUUGGGGGGCGGGGGGAGGAUCACGCACCUCUCUUGC